UUCAAACACGUACAACAUACUAAAUAAUUCUUUUCGAUAAAAUUACGAUUCACGAUGAGUGGUUCUUUGUUGGUUCUUUUCUUGGCUAUUAGCGGAAUCUAUAUUACCUCUUCAGAUGCAGCAUGCUCUCAAGUAUGUGCUUCUGGAGCAGCGAUAAAUGGAUUAAAUGCAGGAAUUGGUAGUAACGCUGCAGGUGGUGCAGGCAUAAAUGGCGUAAAUGGACUUGUUGGAUGUCCUGGAUGUCCAGGUGGAAAAGGAGGUAAUGGUGAUGGAAGUGGAGCUGGUGGUGCUGGAGGUUCAGGAGGCAUUGGAGGUGCUGGAAGUUCUUCACCUGGCUUUAGCGGAGGAGCUGGUGGAAAUGGUGGUUCGUCUGGAUUAAAUGCUGGAGCUGGAGGUGCAGGUGGUAAUGGAGGUGUAGGAGGAAUAGGACAGCCUACUGGAUCGGCAGGAGGAGUUGGUGGAGUCGGAGGUAAAGGUGGAUGUGCCCAAGCUCCUAAUGCAGGAGCAGCUGGAACUGGAGGAUCCGGUGGAGUCGGUGGUGCUGCGACUGGUACCAAUUUCAAUGGUGGUAAAGGAGGAGUUGGUGGAAAAGGUGGACCUGGAGCUGUUGCUGGCAAAGCAGGUGGAGCUGGAGGAGCUGGUGGUGCCGGAGGGGCUGCAACCGGAACUGGAACUGCUGGUAGUUGCGCUAAAGGUGGACAAGGUGGAAACGGAUGUAUUGGUGCGUUCGGUGGUGCUGGAGGUGCAGCUGGUGGACCAUUAUGUACGGUUGGCAAUGCAGGAACACGUUCAAGCUCUUGCUCAUGUGCUUAAUGGACAUACUUUUACGCAUUAGUGACUGUUAUCUUUAAUUAAUCCUUACCUUUUUACGAGUUUUAUAAUUUGAAAUAAAAAUGUU